AGCAGGCAUCACCCCAGAGUUCAUCCUCUGGGAAAAUAUUUCCAAGGUUGGAUGGCUGGAGGAAGCAAUGGAAAAAGCUAUCGGUUCCUUCCUCUCUCUCACCAUUGCCAGACUCUCUGGACAGAAUUUCCUUUGCUCAGGCAGACUGGGAGCAGUGCUUGCUAGGAGGAUGAGGAUGUGAUGUAAUGAUUCUCUGGAGAGCAUCCAGUGGGUUCCAUGGAGGUGAUCCACAGAAAAGAGCUGAGCACCACAGUGGGGGGAAAUGUGACUCUGCACUGCCAGCUGUCGCAAGACAAAGAAGUGCUGCAGAUCACAUGGCAGAAAGAGAGUGGGAGGACCUCAGAAAACAUAGCCACCGCCAGCCCAAGCCACGGCUUCAGGCUGAUGGGCCGCUACCUUAACCGUGCCAGCCUGCGGACAGAAGGGUGGGAUUCCUCGGCCCUCACACUCCAUUCUGCCUCCCUGGAGGAUGAGGGCUGCUACAAGUGCAUCUUCAAUGUCUUCCCCAGCAGCCCUGUCGAGGGGAGGAUGUGCUUGAAGAUACACGUCAUAUCUGAGCCUCAGGUGGAGAUCAGGUCCCUUUCCCAGGUGGGAGAUAAGAAGGAGAGUGAGAUGCUGGCAGUGAGCUGCCUGGCGAUGGGGAAGCCAGCCCCGGAGAUUACCUGGGACCUGCCACACGGCUACCACGGGGGCUUGCAGCUGCAUCACAUCUGGCACUCAAAUCAGAUGGUGACCGUCAUCAGCAACUUUACUCACAGCCCCUCCUGGCCUCCCCCAGAGAAACCAGCCACCUGUGUGAUCCACCACCCGGCUCUCAUCAUGGAGAUAAAGCUGCCACUGCCGCCUCUCCACAACCAAAAAGGAUACAUGGGAGAGAUCGGGAUCUGUUUUGCUGUUCUUCUAUUCGUCCACCUGGGACUCUUAGGCUAUUGCUUUUGGAAACGAAAACCUUGGCAAGAGAGACAGGAUCAUUCUUGGCUCUGGGUUCUGCCUUGUUACUGGGCCUUGGGAGAAGCGAAUCCCAACACAGAUGAGGGUAAAUCUGCUCCAACCUGUUCAAUUCAGGGCUGAGUGCUGAUUUCAGGAUUCAGUCAACUUAAUGAAUUCAAUCAGCAGCCAUGAAAUUCAGAGGAAAGCUAAGGAGGACCAGCCACCAUACCGAGGAACACAGUGACAUUGGGACCUUUAAGGACUUCCACCCACUCGAAGUGUAGACUAUAAGCUCUUUGAGGACAGGGAUCAGAUUUGUUAACCCUGUUGCACUGUAUUCCCCCAGGCACUUAAUACAGUGCUCCGCUCAUGCUAAGUGCUCAGAAAAUGUGAAUAUUUAUUUGGAACUGGAAAAUGAAGCAGACAUUUUGAUAAGAUAAAGAAACGUUUGUCAGAGAGCCUAACUUGCAUCUUUGUUGUGGCUGGUGUCUGGGACCCUGAGCAGUCUCUUACCAUCCAGAGAGAGAAUACAUGAGAGCUGCGAUGGCCAAACAAAUACAGUGCCAUUCUGUGCUUGCGCAGCUAUAAAGUCCUUUGGUGAGACUGACAAUCCAAACCGGCCACUGCCCUUAUUACUUAUUGUGUUGGUGUUUACUCUUGGCAGCACUUGGUGUUAUUUUUGCCUUUUAGUCUCACUGUCCUCUUAAAACUUUGGCUUGCAAAGAGCUCUUCCUCUCUCAAUUGCUGCCCACUAAACUAGUCUGCCCGCUAGAGAAGGCUUCCAACAUUUCACCAUGAGGUUGCUUUCUCUAAGCCUUCUCUCAGUCAAUAGUAUUUGUUAAGCACCUACUGCAUGUAGAACACUGUAUUAAAAGCUUGGAAGAAUCUGAUA